AUCAGCAGCAGCGCGCUCUCGCAGAGAUGCGGAUGACUGGCAGUACAACGUGGACAGAGAUAGGGCAGGAUACCUUGCCGAGAUAUGAGACGAGUUAUGUCCACGAGGGUCGAUCAAUUGGAGCAGAUGCACCAGUGUACGCACCGCAGGCUGCAGUCUCGAUGUCAAUACCGGCAGAGACACCAGAGUCAGAUGAACAAGGCAGGAGAGCAGAAUCGAUAGUGCAGCCUGGCGGAGAGCAUGGUUCUGAACAGGGUCCCUACCCUUCUCUGAGCACCCCACUUUCUGAAUCACCACUUUGUUCGUCAUAAAGGAACGAUGGUGCAAAAAGCAUUGGAUGUAUACGAUAGUUGUGUGUGUUCUUCGGGCAAAAGUUUUCUCUUUCAGGCGCUGCCUUGCCAUUUUCCUCCCAUUGUAAUGGCGAAGCGUUGGCGUCAGUGCGAUUCAUUUGUUUGGGGUGUAUUUCCCGAAACGGUACAACGCUCUGUGCUCCCGUGGCGAUUAUCUAUAACAGCCUCACCCCUGUAUGUAUUUUUUCGCUUCACUUCUUUCGCCUCUCCCUCGCUCGCAUUCACCCUCUUAUCCCCGCCUUCGUUUUUCUUCUUCCCACGACAGAACGUUCUGAACAACCGUUUACUCUAUCGUCUCCCCCUUCCCGGGGCCAUGCGCUUCGAUACGACCUCCGAUGAAAGCUCUAAAUCUCUCAUGGACUCCCAGCAGAUUAUCAUUAACGGUUGCCUCUUCAUGGCCUGUCUCUAUGCAUCCUUUGGACGAUCGUCUUGGACGUCAUCCUACAGGGCCGUCUUGGUCGGUAUCCUCUGCGUCUUGGCCAUCAUCUACGGCGUAACUCUGCUUAUCAAGAUCCGGACCCAUGGAGGAUGUUCAUCAGGAUAUUUCAUGGAGGUGUCAACUCGCUGCAUCAUGCAAUACGCCAUCUCGGGAAUUGAGUUGUCUUGGACCCUAUUUUUGUUCAUAGACGGCUUCGUCUCAUACCACCAGUACAGGGACCUCGACUGGCAGAACAGAAUGAGGGCUCAGGAAGAGGAACGAGCCCAAGCAGCCGCAAUUCGCUAUCAACCAGAUUUGUCGUUAUACGGAAGUAAUAGCGGCAGUGGGAAUGACAACGUCAACGACAGCAUUGCUCAUGUUGGACCCAGCGCAGUGGAGAUGGAGCCAUUGCCGGCGUAUAUGCCCAGACCUGACAAGGACCAGCUCCGAAUUGUUGAUUUGACCAAUUUGUCUGAGGGACAGCAGGUACCAGCGUAUUAUCAGUCACCAGCAAGCGAACCUCCCGCGGACCAUACCCGUGAUUCAGGAUCAGGAUCGGGAUCGUCACCACCUUCUCCUGCAGGGCCCUCGACGGCCGCAGCGGCACCGGAGACUACGGCACCAACAGUUCCUGCAUUGGUGGCCAGGCUUCCGUCCUAUGCACCUUGAUUUAAACUUGGAUAAGUGUAUUAUAUUUAUUAAAAAAAAUAAAAACAUGACUUUUUGAAUGCG